AUGAUGGGCGCUGCGAGAGCCGGCUUCUAUAAGAAGAGACAAUCGAAUCCGACGUUGACGAGUAUUCAGAAAAAGAAACGAAACUCAUCCACGUCAGUCACAUCGUCUCCUGCUCGAACAUCUGCCAAUCGUCUUGCCGUCCCAAAUCCUCCACUCCGGAAGCGAAGUGGAAGUGCACCAGCCAUCAAACUAAUCACUCUUGCUUCCAUCUGGAACCUAAAACACGAACAUAUUCGAGCACUCAAAACGACGUGGGCUCGACUAUGUGAACCGCCGAGAGCAAACUGCAAAGGGAUUGUUAGUUUGGUUGAGAGAGUGUGGGAGAAAUUGGAUACGAAAGAUAAAGAUGUCAGAAACAUCUUCUAUAAUGCGGCGUUUGUCGAUUCAAUGCAUGAAAGGUGUGAAAGGAGAAGAUCCGGUUCAAUCGCCACCCUUCGAGACCACACUCACUUCUUUGUCUCCCUUGUCUCACAAGUUGUGUCCAGUCUUGAACAAGAACCUGCCAAGAUUUUGGAGCAUUUGGAUCAUAUCGGUCAGAGUCAUGCGUAUCUGAAACGAUACGGAUUCAAGUCAUCGCAUUGGGAGAAAGUUGGAGAAUACUUUGUUGAUCAUGUGGUUAUACAGGACUGUGUACGCGGGUUCCCCGAUGCUUGUCGAGCCUGGACUGUCCUUGUGUCUUCAAUUGUGGACAGACUCCGAGCUGCACCAAGGCGAGGAAGUUUUUUGAACUCACCGUCUUCUUCGAGGAGAGGAAGCAUGUGCACAUCUUCUCAACUCAGCAUCAACGACGAUGCUCCAAAGUGUCCGUUCAUGUCGAAAUCUGCAAACCCAUCUGCUACACGCCUGUGCUCCACCGAAUCUUCGAUUUCCCGUCGUGGAUCUAUUGUUCUUCCGGCGACUACAAUUGAUAUGGCAUCUCUGAAAGAUGCUCUCCCGACGCCCCCACAUAAUGUUCAUAACAAUAAUAAUCAUGUGAUCGCUUGA